UACAUAUAUAUAUCGGAUAUCGAACGCUGUCACUUUCGCUGUUAUAUAUAAGUACAUUUUGCACAUACACUCACUUUUUUAUUAUCAUAUAAUUAUAAUAUAAAUAUUUUUUUUCUUCGGAGUAUCCAUACAAAUCUAUCAAAACGCCAUCUAGGUUCUCGUUGUUCGGCAGCCUCUUAUUAACCGUCUGCUGCGAGCUGCGAGUUUGACGUUUGACAUUUGACGUGCGGGCAAACAAGAUACUAAUCAGCUGCGACGAGGCUCCGCGAUGCCUCCGUCCAUCGUGAGAUCUGAGAAGCCCCAAAUCCGGCAUCGACCACCACGUUGAUCCAAUCUCCAUGAGAGAAUUCCUUAUGAGAUUUGUACGCGCUGUCGAAACAGUCUUAUCCAAAGCGGCGCGUCCGUAAUUAGCAACCUGAAAUCACGAUAUCCAUUAGCUGAAGAUAAAUUGUUGCACGGAACAUUGUCAUCAAAGUAUCGAUCGGCGGAAAAUCCACGCCGAUGAUCGCGAUAGUCUGAAAGUUGUCAAAGUAACAGCUUACGUCGAAUAAAUACGUGUGUGUAUGCGAACACUGGUGUCAAUAUAUGUCAUCAUUGUGAGAGCAAUAUUACCUGUGGCUGCUUUCAAACAUAUGUAUAUAUAAAAAUUUAAUGAGAGAUUGGAGAAACGAAUAGAAGAUAAUUGUUGAAGUCAUGUGUCGAACAAUACAAAUUACGCAAAACUGAAUAUUUGAAGAUUGUGACUAUCUACACCUGAUUCUAGCUCGAAUUAUACUCCAAUUAUAUCCUAAAGAUUAAAAAUGUCGGGUGGAGAGAGAAAGAAAAGAGGCUGCGAUAGAGGACAUGGGUGGGAAGAGGCUGGUGCUGAGUUUUAUCAGGAGAGUUAUCCGGCAGCUAUAGAAGCGGAUCUACAACAAGCUCUACAGAGGGAUCCUUCGCAUAUAGCCACUUUACUUCCUAGCAAGAAGUCUCGUGUUGCCACAGCAAAACGAAUUCGAAAUGACACAAAGACAACAUUGAGAAGACGAACGAGUACUCGAUCUCGUGGCACUACAACGUCAAGGCGUAUGUCAACCAAUAUACAUGACGCGGCGGUAUCUAUGCUACCGGAUCUUUCGGAAAAUUUGUCCAAUGAAGAGCGUACCUGGGAGGAAAUUAUGCAGAUCAAGGCUAUGCCUGUAUGCAUGUCUCAAAAGAUACAAUUGAAAAAUCAAUUGCAGAGUGCGACAAAGUUGAGACUUCAAGGCUUUGAGCAGUUGAAAUGGCAGCGCAGAAAAGCUUGGCAGCAAUUUCGCAUAAGAAUGAAGGAAACUUGGUCCAAGAUGGAACUGUGGAACGACAGUCUCAAAAUGAUAGGCGGAAAUUUUGGAAUGGGUAUAGUCGCAUAUUUUUUAUUCAUCAAGUGGUUAAUGUAUUUGAAUCUGUUUCUAUUUGCAAUUGUAUUCUUACUGAUAGUACUGCCAAUGUUCUUUCUUGAGAGGCCUGACGAAAUAUGUUCGUUUAACAACAACACUGCCAGCAUAGCGUGUUGCUCCGAAUUAUACAGAAAUACGACUGAUAAAAAUGAUUUCAGCAAUUUCGUGCGGGGCAGCUUAAACGAAUAUAGUAUGAUUUUUUAUGGCUGGUAUACGCAUGCAAUCUACGAGAGUGUAGAUGCCAAUUUCUAUUAUAAUUCACCGCUGUCCUACAUCUGUGCCAUCAUCAGCGUCUUUAUCAUUAGCUUAGUAGCGAUCGUCCGAUCGGCCGCCAAAGGUUUCAAGGAAAGAGUCGUAGAGAGUGAGGGUCAAUUUUAUCAAUAUUGUAAUCUGAUAUUUGGCGGCUGGGAUUAUUGCAUUCAUAAUGGGAAAUCAGCUGCCGUGAAGCAUAAGGCACUGUAUAAUGAGAUGAAGGCAUUCUUGGAGGCGGAGAGAAUGGAGGAGGAACGGCAGAAUCGUACGAGAGAAGAGAAAACUAAGCUCUUCUUUAUACGUCUAUUUGUUAAUUUAUUGGUUUUAACAAUAUUGAGCGCUUGCGGCGCGUUUAUUUACUUUGUGAUCGACUUCUCGUUCAGUCAUCUGGCACGGUGUCGGUGCCAUUGGAUAUACUUGGCGCAGGAUUACGAGAUGUCCGACAUCGUUCGUUUAUUCUUCGAACUUCUUCCAUACAUAUGCAUCGUUGGACUCAACGUGGUGAUUCCAUUUCUCUUUCGCUAUCUGGUCGCUCUAGAAAACUAUAGUCCGUCGUACGUCAUUCGAGUGACGCUGUUCAGAACCGUGUUUCUUCGACUCGCUUCUCUCGUCGUUCUGUUAACGUCUUUGUACAGACUUGUCGCGGACAAAAUUCCGGAAAACGAAUGCGCCAACAGCGCGAACAAACAGCCGUUAUGCUGGGAAUCGUUCGUAGGACAGCAGUUUUUCAAGCUUCACACUACUGAUCUUAUCAUUCAAUUCUUCAUGACGUUCUUCGUCAAUUUCCCGCGCUCGUUAAUCGCGCGACACACCGAGAACAAGAUCCUACGCUUCGUCGGUGAGCAAGAAUUUGAUCUGCCCAAACACGUACUGGAUAUUAUCUACUCGCAAACGAUCUGCUGGCUCGGCUGCUUUUUCGCUCCGUUAUUACUGAUGAAUGCCAUAUUCGGCAUGCUCAUACUGUUCUACCUAAAGAGAUUUACCUGCUUAGUGAAUUGUACACCGUCGAGUAAGAUUUAUCGCGCGAGCAGAUCGAAUUCUCUAUUCAUGUUCAUCCUGUUAGUCUCCUUUAUCUUGGCGAUGAUACCAGUCGGUUACUCCAUUUCAGAGAUCAUGCCGUCGAAAUCGUGUGGGCCGUUUCGCGAAUGGGAGUCCGUAUGGACAUUUUUAAUCGCGACGUUUUCACGCUUCCCUAACUGGCUACAGUCGACUCUAUUCUUCCUGGGUACGGCUGGCUUUGGCAUACCGGCAUUCAUUAUUCUCGCCCUGCUCCUCUAUUACUAUUAUGCGGUAUCGAUAGCAAACAAGCAUAUGGUGACGGUGUUGAAAAAUCAAUUGGUCUUAGAAGGCCACGAUAAGCAAUUUCUAUUGAACAGACUCAGUGCUUUUAUCAAGCAACAACAGGAUCAGAACAAGUUUCAUCAGGAGCAAACCAAUGAAUUAGGCACGUUUCAACAUGUAUAAAUAGUAUGAAAUUUGAUUUUAAUAUUGGUUUCUCUUCUGAAUGUACAGAAUGCGCAUUAUUUAACUUACUUUUAUAGAUUUUAUAAAUUUUAAUUAUAAAACAUAAGACUGUCGAUUUUAUCUUCUUUAUAUAUUAUAUUAUAUUAUAUACACGAGUUAGUGUUUUUUACUAACCGUUUUUUGAUAUACUAUAUCGAAUUGGAUAAAAAAUCUAUCAGAUUAUACAAAAACGCGUGGACAAUACCAAAGAUUAAUACGCAUUCUAUUAUUAUUACUGCUCGUUGCAGUGUCUUGUAUUUUAUACGAAUGUUUUUUGAAACUUAAAUGUAUCACAAUCACAUUGCCAAAAAUUUUCCAUGCGAAAGAAUUUUGCGAAAUCAGUUUUUCAAUUUGCACAUUUAAACGGAACAUAUCUCACGUUCUAAGAAAUUCAGUCUCGCCUCAAUGUGUAUAUGAAAAUACACAGCUGAAAUCAGGGUACAAAACGGAGAGUGUUGCAAGUAUUAUGAAAUAGUAAGUGAAUCGUGUGUGAAUUAUUUAUGCAUUAUAAUUCUCUAUAUAAUUUCAUGAAUAUCCAUAAAUAUUAGUGUAGAACUAUACACACUCAUACAAUGUUAAACGCGAACAAAGUCUAAUUUAAGACAUAACAAGAUCUUCGGAAAUAACAUAUUAUAAAUUAAUGUGAUCGCAUACAUAUAGCAUAAGGAAAAAAAUUAAGUCACGAAAACAGCAAAUAUUCAAUGCAAUUUGUUAGACACCUUCCUAGUUCGCCUAAGGCUUCACUUUGCUGGCCUCAGUCUAAGAUCGAACAGGCAGGUACUCACACCCGUCUGAUUACAUAUAAGACGUGAUUAAAUAUAUUUAGCUUAAUAUAUGAACAGUAUAACAGAACCGUCUCUCUAUACAGACAAGCAUUUCUUCCACAAUUUUACAUAUUUUAACUUUAGAAAGCUUUUGCAUGAGU